AGGUGGUGCUAAUAAACAGUGUACUGCUGGAAGCAAAUCAACUUUUGGUCCAAACAGGACUCCGUACUUCCUCACACAGAAAAUCAUGGCGGCUGCUCUGGCAAGAAGGUUAUCGGGACUGCUGAGGCCGCUGUCUUUAUGCGCCAGGACUUCGUACAUCUCUAACCCUUUCAGCCUCACCCAGGCUCCGUCUACCUUUAGUACAGCUUCAGGCGCUAUCAGCGCUCCUCUUCGGGCUUCCUUGUGCCAGACACCCCGGUGCAACAUCCUGCAGCGUGUGUCAGCACUUGUUCCCAGCCUGUCUCUGCAGCCAUGCAGAAGUCUGACAUACUGGAGUUUAAAAAAAGGAAAGAGGAAGACUGUCAAAUCAGUGACCGACAGAUUCAUGAGGCUGCACUGUGGUCUUUGGAUCAGACGCAAGGCUGGAUACAAGAAAAAGCUCUGGAAGAAGAUGCCUGCCAGACGAAAGCGCUUGAGAGAAAUAGUAUUUUGUAACAAAACACAGAGUAAACUCCUGGAUAAAAUGACAACUUCCUUUUGGAAAAGGAGAAACUGGUACCUUAAUGAUCCGUACCUCAGGUACCACGAUCGGGUUAAUCUGAAGGUAUAAUUUACUCGUUCUUUUCAACGUUUGACGGAAUAUUGUGUAAAAAUGGAAUAAAACAUUCUGUCAAAACA